CCCAGCCAGGGCCUGCGGGUCACUCUGCGCACCGCACCGCGCACGGAGAGGCCCCUGCAGGCCCUGGUCUCUCACCAUGCCCGAGUGUCACCACUUUGAUUUCUAGGAGUCUGGUCAGGCGCUGGUGGCAUCGAUGAGCCCAGGAACCCGGAGGUGGAAGAGCGGGGCGGGGCCUGGGGGUGCGUCAGGCUGGAGACUCAAGGGGGAGCUUCUCCAUUCUGCGCACUCCGGGGGACAUUCACACCAAGACGGGCCCAGCACUUGAGGAGGCGCCAUGGAGCCCUUCAGCUCCAAGAGCCUGGCCCUGCAGGCAGAGAAGAAGGUCCUGAGCAAGAUGGCUGGCCGGUCAGCGGCUCAUCUGUUCCUGGACGAGACGAGCAGUGAGGUGCUGGACGAGCUCUACCGUGUGUCCAGGGAGUACACGCAGAGCCGGACCCAGGCCCAGCGCGUCAUCAAAGACCUCAUCAAGGUGGCUGUCAAAGUGGCCGUGCUGCACCGCAGUGGCUGCUUCAGCCCCGGUGAGCUGGCAGUGGCCAACCGUUUCCGCCAGAAGUUGCGGCAGGGUGCCAUGACAGCCCUGAGCUUCGGCGAGGUGGCGUUCACCUUUGAGGCGGCUGUGCUGGCCGGGCUGCUGGCUGAGUGCCGGGACACGCUGCUGGAGCUGGUGGCCAGCCACCUCACGCCCAAGUCCCACACACGCAUCCGCCACGUGUUUGACCACUUCUCCGACGCUGGCCUGCUGGCCGCCCUCUACGGGCCGGGCUUCAAGCAGCACCUGGACAAGAUCUGUGCCGGGCUCCGGAAGCUGCUGGAAGAGGGGAAGCUCUGAGGGCCGGCAGGCGAGACAGCAGUCCCCACCAGCGGGGCCUGCCCCCAAACAUAGCUGCCAACAAAAACGAAGUGAAACUUCCAUCUCUAGUUGCCCCCUGGAGGACAUUUUUGGCAACAAGGAAGCCCCCUGCCCCCUCAGGAGCUGGG